AUAGUUCAUCUGCAAUUCAUAAAUAUUUAAAAUCCAGUAAAAUUCAAAAUUAGCGUACAUCUUCCGAAACGAAAACAAUUAUAUAUAGUCUGAGAUAAUGAUUAGGAGUUUCUUAAGAUUUUAAUCAAACGUUAAUCAAAAAAUUCAAGAUUAAGUACUAAGUUAAACCUAAUCAUAUAUUUAUCCUAAGAAAAUAAAAAUUUCAAAUCGACGCAGUUUCUUAAACCUCGAAUCAUCACCGGAAUUCCUCCUCCUCCUCCGCCUACCACCACCGCAAACAUUCGUCGCCGCCUGCCGUCGACAUCGCCACCCCUCGCUCCCCGAAUCAAAUUGCCCUAAUUUAUUUUUUCAUUAUUGCAAAAGAAUAAACCCUAGAUUGAGAAGAACGUGUUAAAUUACCCAAUUAGGAUUUUUUAGGUCAUGGCGAAAGAAAUCGCAGAAUCAAAUUCUGUCGCUAAUUUAGAUCAGCAAGAUGGGAAUGCCGACAAGUUCAAUGUAGAAGCUGCAGAAAUUCUUGCUAAUGAAGCAUUGCGAUUGCCAAUAUCAGAUGCAGUGCCAAUAUACGAACAACUUCUCGCCACGUACCCCACUUCGGCGAAAUAUUGGAAGCAGUAUGUUGAAGCACACAUGGCUGUAAACAACGACGAAGCAGCAAGACAAGUAUUUAGCCGUUGUCUUUUGAAUUGCUUGCAAGUCCCUCUUUGGCGCUGCUACAUCCGCUUCAUAAGAAAAUUUAACGACAAGAAGGGAAUCGAGGGUCAGGAAGAGACUAAGAAAGCUUUCGAAUUUAUGCUUAAUUAUGUCGGAGCUGAUAUAGCAUCUGGCCCUGUGUGGAUGGAGUACAUUGCAUAUUUAAGAUCCUUACCGGCACAAACGACAGUAGAAGAGUCACAAAGGAUGACUGCAAUACGUAAGACGUACCAACGUGCCAUUGUGAUGCCUAUUCAUCACGUCGAACAGCUUUGGAGGGACUAUGAAAAUUUCGAGAAUACAGUUAGCCGUGCACUGGCAAAAGGGUUGGUGGCUGAAUAUCAGCCAAAAUAUAACAGCGCAAGGGCUGUUUAUCGAGAGCGUAAGAAGUAUGUUGAUGAAAUUGAUUGGAAUAUGCUUGCGGUCCCACCUUCCGGUUCUUCGAAGGAGGAAGUGCAAUGGAUGGCGUGGAAAAAGUUGUUAAACUUCGAAAAAGGCAAUCCCCAGAGAACUGAUAAUGCUUCUGCGGUCAAACGGAUUGCAUUUGCCUAUGAACAGUGCCUCAUGUAUUUAUAUCAUUAUCCUGAUAUGUGGUACGACUAUGCCACAUGGCAUGCAAAGAAUGGUUCUAAAGACUCGGCGAUCAAAGUUUUCCAGCGUGCAUUGAAGGCGCUUCCUGACUCGGAACUGCUAAAUUAUGCAUAUGCUGAGCUGGAAGAAUCUCACGGAGCAGCCCAGGCUGCGAAAAAAGUUUAUGAAAAUUUUCUUGGAGACGGUGUGAAUGCAACAUCUCUGUCACACAUCCAGUUUAUGCGUUUUUUAAGAAGGACCGAAGGAGUAGAAGCAGCUCGUAAAUACUUUUUGGAUGCUCGUAAAUCUCCAAACUGCACUUACCAUGUUUAUGUUGCAUAUGCAAUGAUGGCUUUUUGUCUGGACAAAGAUGCAAAGCUUGCACACAAUAUAUUUGAAGCGGGUUUAAAACGUUUUAUGCACGAGCCUAGCUAUAUUCUAGAAUAUGCUGAUUUCUUGUGCCGAUUGAAUGACGAUAGAAAUGUACGUGCUUUGUUUGAACGAGCACUAAGCUCCCUUCCACCCAAUGAAUCUGUUGAGGUAUGGAAUAGAUUUGUCAAAUUUGAGCAGACCUAUGGAGAUCUUGCCAGCAUGCUAAAGGUAGAGCAAAGGAGAAAAGAAGCUUUAUCUCGAACGGUUGAUAAUGGAGAAUCGACUUUAGAGAAUUCUCUGCAAGAAGUUGUCUCACGAUAUAAUUUUAUGGAUCUUUGGCCUUGUUCUUCUAAAGAAUUGGAUCAUUUAUCUCGACAAGAGUGGCUCUCGAAAAAUCUCGACAAGAAGACUGAAAAUCCUCCACAUGCUAAUGGAGCUACUAAUCCUUCAGAUAGGGGUGUUUUAGGUAUUCCAAACAAGUCAAAUGUACCUGGCAAGAUUGUUUAUCCAGAUGUAUCGAGAAUGGCGACUUACGCUCCGAGUCAAAAGCCUGGUCAUUCUGCACCUGCACUUUCCGAUGUUUCAAAUACAACGCAAAAUGGUUCAACCAUAAAUAAUGGAGUAACGACGACUGCAACCAAUGAUAUUUUGAAAAAUUUGCCACCAUCUUUGGCUAUGUUUGUGGCGACUUUGCCACCUGUCGAAGGUCCUUCUCCGGAUGUUGAUGUUGUGAUAUCCAUAUGUUUGCAAAGCAACUUAAUGCCAGCUGGCGGGAAAAUUGGAACACCUCAGCAGUUACAAACGGGGCCCGCUCCAAGCACCAGCGACGUAUCCGGUUCGAGCAAAUUCAAACAAACGAGAGACAGAAAAAGAAAACAGAGACAAGAUGAAGACGAGACAUCUACUGUACAAAGUCAACCAGGACCAAGAGAUGCAUUCAAGAUGAGACAAUUACAGAAAGCUCAAAAUGCAAACAGUAGUUCAAGAACAGGCGGUUCUGCUUCGUAUGGCAGUGGAUUUUCGGGCGAUCGCUCUGUUAGCUCUGGUUAAUGAUCGAUUUUUUUGUAUUUUCUGUUUACAGAAAUUAAUGUUGUUUGUAAAUUAAUUUUUGGAGGUUUCAUAAUUGUAAAAUAGUUGUUUAAAAUAAUCUCAGGUCUUCGAAGAUAGAUCAGCUUCUAUUUUUUAGGUGUAGUUUGUAAUAUACAUUUUUUAAAUUAAUGAGAAUGAAGUAUUCUAUUUA